CUCCUGCUUCCACUUCCAGCUGUUGCUGCAUUCUUCCACACGUCGCAAUUGGCUGAAGCCGCCGGCUUUUUUUACGUUUGUGUACAUUUGGAGAGUGUGUUCGUGUGUGUGUGAGAAGGUAACGGAGGAUUGAAAGUAUCUCACACAGGCUGCUGAUGCCGCGCAGGGAAUGUAUUCACUGUCAAGAAAGAGACUGUGAUCAACAAGUGACAGGAUAUUUUCGGGAUCUUGGAGCAGUUGCGUAAUUGCGCCCUUCGCUGCACGAUGACAGAAGUGGCCAGUCCCGCUUCAAUCAUGGACUCCGAGAUGAUGUUCCAACCAGAGUCAGAUCAGAUGUCCCCAGUUGAACCCAAGUCUCCACCUCUGGACCUGAUUGACACUGGAAAGGGGCUGAAGGUCCAGACAGCCACGCCUCACCUGGUGAGCCUGGGGAGCGGGAGGCUGAGUAUAGCAAUCACCCUGCUGCCACUGAAAGAAGGGGUGACCCGCAUCGGCAGAGAAGAUGCUCCAGUUCCCCAGGACAUCACCAUCCAGGGGCCUGGCAUCGAGGCAGAGCACUGUCUCAUCUUCAAUGAAGGAGGGGUGGUGACCCUUGACCCUUGUGGUCACCUUUGCAGUCUGGAUGGAGUACAGGUUACUGUGCCCACACCACUCACACAGGGUUAUUCCCUGUGUCUGGGUAAGUCCUAUUUCUUCCGCUUCAAUCACCCUGAGGAGGCAAACAGAAUGAAGAGCAUGCUUCCACAGAAGAGCCCCGUGUCAGCUUUAGCCUACAACACAGACUACCUGAAGUUUAGCAGUGACUAUAGCCAUGCGGUGGUGGGCGGCACCAGCAGUGCCAGGGGCAUGCGCUCAGCCUCUGAGCUCAGGGACUUGAUGGACACCCUGCAGCGUAAGAAGAUUGCCCUGGAGAACAGCCUGAGAGCCAAUGGGAAUGCGAACCCCUCCUACUUCAGCGUGACACAGUCUCCCCCCACCACACCUAUCACGAGUCCUACCACGUCCUCAUCAUCCUACCAGGAACAGGCAAGACGUCUCUAUGGCUCAGAUCGUGCACCCAUGUCUUUAAAAUCUGCUCCCCCUCUUUCCCCUGGACGAAGAUCUGACUCUUCUCUGACCUCCCGCACUUCAAGCAGUCGCAACCAGGACAACUACGGCAUUAGCGAUGGCCGGCGUUUGCACAACCCGGGUUCUUCUUCUUUACUGUCCACAUGGAAUGGCGGCGGCUCCUCUACUUCUGUUGAUGGUAGCAACAGUUUCCUCCUCUCUCUUCCUCCCUCCUCCUCCUCAUCCCGCACUCCAUCAACAGGAGGUGCAGCCAGCAUGCCCUCAAGCCCCCGUCUUGGCCGCCGUAGCUACGGCAACCAAGAGCCAUCGCCCAGCAGCAGAACCAGGAAAUACUCAGCAGGCUCGCUAAGUGGUAUGAUGGGAGGAGGGCACAGCCGCUCACUGCCACGCCUCUGCCCCUCCCAGUCCCCCAGUGACAACAACAACGGAGUUCUGACCUUGUCAAUGCUCCCCCCACGGCGUUCCGAUGUUGCUGGCAGUUACAAAUUUAGCAAAGAUCAUUACAACAACAGCCAGAAUGCCAGCCCUGACCUCAACCACAACUCUAGUAACUCUAGCCAGCUUUCAUCCAACAGGAAUCAAAUCCAGACCACAAAAGGAGAAAGUGUUGUGUCUAUCUCACUCUCUUCCCCUAAGAACUCGACCUCCACUACCCCCUCUAUCUCUUCCACAAACACCCCACCUGAUGUGACCAUCCCAUCCAGAGCGGGGGGCUCCUCUUCUCCUCGAGUGGCCAAAAAACUCAGCCUGACCUCCACUAGCUCUGUUGGCUCCAUCAGCUCCACCAGUUCCAGCCCCCCAGAGCUGGAGCGGGUGGCCAACCGUGGAGUCUCCCCAGGAGUGGGCCUGACUUUGGGGGAUAGGGAGAGGCGAGGGGUGGGCUUAGAGCUCUCUGGUGGCCUGGGGCUUGGACUUGGAGAGAGGAGGUCUUCAUUUGGGAAGGCGGGGCUGGAACCUGGGAUGGGGCUGGGCGAGAGGAAGCAGUCAUUUGGAAAGGCAGGAGUGACCCCACCUGGAGGUUUCAGGGAAAGAAGGGGGAGCAUCAGCUCACUGAGUGGGAAGGAGGAACUGACCGACUACCACCAACACCAAAAAGAGGAGAGACUCCGUGAGCAGGAAGUGGAGAGACUGGAGCGACAACGGCUGGAGACCAUAUUGUCUCUGUGUUCAGAGCUGGGCAGGGCUGAAAGAGAUGGCGAUAACACGGCUACAAGUCCCACGUCAGCUGUGGCGGACCUCCAGAAGAUCAACCAGGAGCUCGAGAAGCUUCAAGUGAACGACGACGACGAUGACGACACACCAUCCGUCUUUUCUGACUCUUCAGCUGUUAAUGGAACGACGGGGAAUGGACACAUGGCCAGAGAUCAUGGAUCAGAGAAUGGCUACUAUGAUGAUGAUCUACAGGUACGACGGAGGCGCAGCAGCGGUCACCGAGACAACAGGGCAGAGUCACCUGCCGUCAGUCUGCGAAGCUUUGCCCCCUCACCUUCUCCACGCGCUCAGAGGACCAGUGAGGCUCUAGAUGAUGCAGCUCAUCGCCGCGGACAUGAAGUGAGGCCCUCAGAGGAGGAGGUGAGGCGUGUGGAAGAGGAAAGGAUCCAGGUGCUGAACAACAUGGAGGAGCUGGAGCAAAAGAUUAAAGAGCUGGACAACCAAAUGGAGGAAUCUGCCCAAGAGGUGGAGCUUGAGCGAGCUCUGGUGGAGGCCGAGCAGGAGUCAGAGGUCGCUGCUCUCCAGCAGGAGAAAGAGGCUCUGGAAGCACUUCACAACAAGAUGGCUGACCUAGAGACCAAGUCCCAGCAGGAAAAGGAAAAGGCGAGCGCGUUGCUACAGGCAGAAAGGGGCAGAGUAGAGAGGUUGGCUCAGAUUGUGUGUGAGCAGCGCUCUCAGCUGGACAGCUGCCCUGAGGCCACCAAGGAGCCCCUGCAGGAGCAGUUGGCCAGGGACUGUGAGGUGCUCGAUGCAGAGUCGAAGCGUUUUGAGGACCUGGAGUUCCAGCAACUGGAGAAAGAGAGCAGGCAAGACGAGGAGAAGGAGAUCCACACGCAACAGCUUCUCCGGGAAAUUGCAGACUUUCAGCGGAGCACUGUCACUCGCAAGGAGCGACUGUUAACUCUGAAGAAGCAGGCAGCGCAGAUUACCCAGCAGGCUCAGCGAGAGAAGGAGAGUUUCCUGAAGGAGAGGAGCACCCUCGAAGCAAUGCUGCAAAGGGAGAAGGAAAACCUCGCUAUGCUGGAAAGAAAAUAUGCAGACUUCACUGGUGGCCGAAGUUUCACUUUAAGGGAGGGCUAUGUCACAGUCAGUGAAAUCAAUGAGCUUUACUCACAGCUUGGGGGGGACCCUAAUCCCGCCCAUGCCCCCACACUGGCCAGUGCCUCCCCUGAGUCUGAGGCAAACUCGUCCCCUGACGACGACAGCCCCAAACCACCGGAGGAUGAGCAUUUCCGUUUGCUGGAAGAGAGGAAGAGGUCGGAGAGAGAAGGUGGCUCCCAUCUAAGUGACACAUUGCCCAGGAAGAAAACCACACCCAUCAUGACCCCCCAGUUCACGUGUGCAACGCUGGGACGCAGCUUUCCCACCAAGUCCCAUCAUCCCCUGGUACAGAGCACAAGUUGCGGCAGCAUUCUUCCAAGAAUUUUCUCCUUAUCCAACAAGGAAAAUGAAUCUCGACGUCUGCAUAAAGGUCAGCCCGGCUCCCGAGCAGCCUCCCAGACCAAUGUCUACCUCGAUGCCUUUGGGUACCGUGACAACCAGGCCUUUGACACAAUGAGUGUGGAUAGUACUGACUCCAUUGAAACCAGCAUCUCUGCUUGCUCACCUGAUAAUGUCUCCAGUGCCAGUACUUCAAAUAUGGCCAAGCUAGAGGAGAUGGAGCGAAUGCUGAGAGAAGCCCAGGCAGAGAAGAACCGCCUCCUGGAACACAAGGAGCAAGAAAUGGAGGCUCGGAAGCAGGCACUGGACGAGGAGAGGAAAAGACGGGAGGAUCUGGAGAAAAGGCUACAGGAAGAGACGAGCAGACGCCAGAAACUCAUCGACCGUGAGGUGAAACUGCGAGAAAAACAGAGGGCACAGUCCCGGCCGCUAACACGGUACCUGCCGGUGCGGAAGGACGAUUUUGACUUGCGGGCUCACAUUGAGUCGGCGGGCCACAGCGCGGACACAUGCUUCCACUUGUCCAUCUCUGAAAAGACCUGUCGUGGGUACUUGAUCAAAAUGGGAGGCAAAAUCAAAACAUGGAAGAAACGCUGGUUUGUCUUUGACCGCAACCGACGCACGCUGUCCUACUAUUCAGACAAGCAUGAAGCCAAGCUGAAAGGAGUCAUCUACUUCCAAGCAAUUGAAGAAGUGUAUUAUGAUCACUUGAAGAAUGCACAUAAGAGCCCAAACCCUUCCCUCACCUUCAGUGUAAAGACUCAUGACAGAAUCUACUACAUGGUUGCUCCCUCUCCUGAGGCCAUGAGGAUCUGGAUGGAUGUGAUCGUCACAGGCGCUGAGGGAUACACCCAGUUCAUGGUGUAGUGAAGGAGCAGGAUAUGCCAGCGUGUUGUGACUCAUUGUGGCUUUAAAGUUUCUAUUCCUUUUUUUAUUCUUGGACUUUUCAAGUGUCCGAAUGGAUAUUAUUGUCAUCUAUGCUGAAGAACGAACGCAGUUUCUGUUGUGUAGAGACGGCAGCCUCGAGUUACUCAAGAUAAUAUGCAAUAUUUUAUCCACCUCAUUUACAAGAUGGUCAGGGUUUACGAUCAUAUGGGCAGAUACAAGAGGAUCGUUUGAGCAUUUUUAGGCUAUGGUGCACCACCGUGCCUUGGAGUGACUUCAGGUGUACCUCAAGGUUUUGUUUUAGUGUAAGGGACAUAAAUGUUAAAAAUGACAUUUUAAAUAAGCUUAUUGUCUUCAGAGAAGAGCAGGCUGUUACUCAGCAGCUCUGUUUUUGCCAUAAGAAGCUUUGUAGAAAAGAUUUUUAAUGUGGAUGUAAUGUUGGAAAAAUUGAUGUGGAGUGAACCAGUUAUUAACAUCAACUAAGAAUAUAUAACCGUAGUUAUGAUUAAAGAAAUGACGCAAAAGCCUCCACAAUCUUAAUAUGACACGGAAG